AUGUCCGCUACUCUGGCGGAUCCGUAUCGUGACUAUGCGAUUGAGUACUCUCAACAUGCCACCUGCAAGCCCGAGCAACAGGAAAGCACGCUUGUUUAUCACACGCCACAGCCGCACCUCCACCAUCACAAACAGGCCGAGCCCCCCUUCUCGCAACCGCAUUCCCACAGCAGCGCAGCAUUCGAGCAGCAUCAUGCGAGUGCGACCGUCCUUCCAACGGCGACACCUCAGCCAUCAGUGCAUGACAUGCCACAGACCGUGGUCCUUGGCCAUACGCCAAUGCUUCCACGGCAACUUCCUGUCCAGUAUCCCCCGCCCAGCUUCGAAAUCUCUCCACUCCACCGUGGCAAGAAACGGCCUCAUUCAGAGGCAGAAGGAGAUGAACCAGACCAUGGUCUUAGGCCUCAACUAUCGGUCCUUCCCGCAGACGGGCAGGCCGAGCAUGGUCACUCGCCGGAAAUGCUCUUCUCUGUCCACGGGGCACCGUCUCAACAGCCUCCGAUGCCAGGGCACGGCUUUGGGCACGCACAAUCUGUUGGGCUGCCGCAACACCACCACCACCAUCGCCUCCCGCCCCAUGCGGCGCUACGGACCCCUGGGCGCCAUGGUAUGAAUGUCGAAGCCUCGCCUAUGCCGUCCGGUCCUCCAAGUGUUGUAGGCCAGCCCGGGAUGCCUGAACCGGCUCCCCGGCCUCGAGGCCCCAAACUAAAGUUCACACCGGAGGAAGAUGCUCUGCUAGUGGAACUAAAAGAAAACAAAAACCUAACUUGGAAGCAAAUUGCGGACUUCUUUCCAGGCCGGACGAGUGGUACCUUGCAGGUUCGAUACUGCACCAAGUUGAAAGCGAAGGACGUCACCUGGAGCGAUGAAAUGGUCCAAAGACUGCAACGUGCCCUUCAAGAAUACGAGAACGAUCGGUGGCGUAUCAUCGCAGGGAAGGUUGGCAAUGGCUUCACACCAGCCGCUUGUCGCGAGAAAGCGACGCAACUUCAAUGA